AUGCCUGGGACAUAGUCAGAGGACACAGCGGCCACAAGUAUGUCUGCUCCUUGUAUGCACCCGUCCUGUCUACUGCUCCUGCUGCUGGUCGUCUGCAGACACGCCCACACAAAUCUUGUUUCAGUCACAGAGAACACGACUGUUACAACUGAACCUCCUGUAGAGACACUCAGCCCCAUAACUCCCCCCGUGGCUCCUCUGACCCCACUGCAGACUGGACAAAAGAGUGUGGUGCUCACAGGGGAAAAUCAUACAGAAAAGGUAGAAGUGGUCAACCCCGUGACACUAAACCUCGAGUGCGUCUGGACUGGGGACAACAAACGGCUGCCAAACAUCACUGGAUACUGGACGAAAGAUGGAAAGACAAUUGAGAGCAGCUAUUCCAAUACUCAACUGCAAAAUGAUCGCUAUUAUCUGAGGAAAGAGUUCAGCAUCAUGAGUGAGGAAGACUUGGGGACGUACUCGUGCAUUUUCGGACCCAAAGCCAAAGUUGAUUUCAUUUUAGCAGCUCCGUAUCUGGGUGAAAUGCGGGAUAAGCCCAUAGUGAGUUAUGUGGGCGACUCUGUGGUCAUGAUCUGUAAAAUGGACGAGAAGAAAUCCAAGCCUAUAAACUGGAACUGGUACAAACACAAUGGAACCAGUAAGGAGAAAAUUGAGGUGGAUUCACCUGGUCAUCGCUACAAAAUCACCAAAGACGAGAAGAAGACAAAGCUGGUGGUGCAUAACUUGACUGAGUCUGAUUCAGGGGUGUAUUUCUGCGGCGCUGUGUACGGCAUCGGCACGUCCAUGGGCCACAUGCAGCUCAGAGUCAUCACCUACUUCGAGCCGCUCAAGCCGUUCCUUGGGAUUCUGGUGGAGGUUUUGGUCCUUGUGGCUGUAAUCCUGUUAUACGAAAAGACGGGCUCUAAGAAAGAGAACCAGUCAGGACCUGAAGGAAACCCUGACCAAACUUCAAACCUGUCACAUGGAGAAAACGCAGUGGCAGACGGACACUCGGGCACCGCAAGACAGAGGAAAGUUUAAA